AUGGACGCGGUGCUGCUAGAGCACUUUCCCGGGGGGCUGGACUCCUUCCCGUCCGCCUACUUCGACGAGGAGGACUUCUUCACGGACCAGUCCUCACGGGACCCUCUGGAGGACAGAGAUGAGCUGCUGGCUGACGAGCAAGCCGAGGUGGAGUUCCUCAGCCACCAGCUGCACGAAUACUGCUACCGCGACGGGGCGUGCCUGCUGCUGCCGCCGCCCGCGCCCUCGGCGGCCCCACACGCGCUCGCCCCGCCGCCCGCUGGAGUUCACGGGGACCUGGAGGACGGCGGUGGCUACUGCUGCGAGGCCGGGGCUCCCUCAGGCGGCUUCCCCUACUCGCCCGGCUCACCGCCCUCGUGCCUGGCCUACCCCUGCGCCGGAGCAGCAGUGCUGUCCCCCGCGGCCCGGCUGCGUGGUCUGAGCGGAGCGGCAGCGGCUGCGCGGCGGCGGCGGCGCGUGCGCUCCGAGGCGGAGCUGCAGCAGCUGAGGCAGGCGGCCAACGUGCGCGAGCGGCGGCGCAUGCAGUCCAUCAACGACGCCUUCGAGGGGCUGCGCUCGCACAUCCCCACGCUGCCCUAUGAGAAGCGUCUCUCCAAGGUGGACACGCUACGCCUGGCGAUCGGCUACAUCAACUUCCUCAGCGAGCUGGUGCAGGCCGACCUGCCCUUGCGUGGCGGCAGCGGCGCGGGCGGAUGCGGAGGGCCAGGCGGUGGUGGUCGCCUGGGCGCAGACGGCUUAGGCAGCCAGGCCCAGAAAGUCAUCAUCUGCCAUCGGGGUACCAGGUCUCCCUCCCCCAGUGACCCGGAUUAUGGCCUCCCUCCACUUGCAGGACACUCACUGUCGUGGACUGAUGAAAAACAACUCAAAGAACAAAAUAUUAUUCGAACAGCCAAGGUGUGGACCCCAGAGGACCCUAGGAAACUCACCAGUAAAUCUUCCUUCAACAACAUAGAAAACGAACCUCCCUUUGAAUUUGUGUCCUGAGAAGUCCUGGACAUGGCUGAGGACUUGCCUGUGCAUAUUGUACAUGUGAAUAUCUAUAAAAUGUAAUUUAAGAAUCACAUUUUUUCUAAUGGCAAUCAACUAUUAUUUAUCUAUUUAUUGUGUUGAGUUAAUGAAAUAGAUUAUCUUUUUAAAUAUAUAAUUUAUCUAAUUUAUCCUGAUUUUUCUAAAAAAAAUAUGCAAUAGCCUAUGGUUCCCACAGCACCUUUGGCAGAACUCUGCAUUUUUGGAAGAACUCUGGCCAGAAAAUGUCCCACUAAUUUAUUGUCAGAUAUGAAAGUUUGUUAAUAAAUGCUAUUUACACCCUUUUCU